UUGAAAGGCUAUGAUAAUAUUAAAGAUCCUGACAAUGAUAAUAUUUCUUUUUAUGAUAAUAAUUUUUCCAUUCAUGAUGAGUCAAUAGAAAAUGAUAAUGCCAUAAGUAUUGAAACUCAUGCUGUACUAAAAGAAGAAAGAAUUAGCAAUAGCAUGAAGUAG